AUGCUAUUCAAUACCAACCGUCAGGAAGACGACCCCUUCACGCAAUUGAUCAAUCAGUCAUCCGCGAAUGCGCAAAACCAGCAAGCACAACAGCAGGAAAAGCCCCACCAGUUCUUGCAGAAUGUUGUCUCUAAUGAGCCUAAAGGCAAGGAAGACUGGGUCUCGCCAUUCAGACAACGUGCCUUAAGCGGCAACCAGAACAACAGGUUGUAUGUGCAAGAUGCAAAGAACAGAAAAUUUCCCACUGUUAGUGCCACUUCUACCUAUUCAAAGAAACAGCCUCAAGAUCUGGGCUACAAAAACAUCCCAAAUGACGUUAAAAGAGCUAAGGACAUUAAAUUUCCAACUUAUUUAACCAAGAACGAAGAAAGACAAUAUCAGCUGUUAACAGAAUUGGAAUUGAAAGAGAAACAUUUGAAGUAUUUGAAGAAAUGUCAAAAAAUUACAGACUUAACGGGGGAUGGAAAUGAUGACACCUCCAGUACCACAUCUUCCUCUUCGUCAUUAUCUUCUUCAGAAGACGAGGAUACUGCUUCUGCUAUCGUACCUGCAGACAAUGAAACUACGACUACGGCUACUACUACAACUACGGCUGCCUCCGCAGAUAGUGCCGAUGAAGCCACUUCUAUAGAAGAAGAACAGAAUGAAAACGCAAGUGAGGUUACGCCCACUGAAAAGACAACCACUGACAACGAAAAGGAAAUUCCGGAACCGGAGACUGUCAAAGGUGAACAGAACUUGGCAGAACCUGCUGUGACAGAACCUGCUGUGACAGAAACCACAGCUGCCAUUGCCCAAAGUGAUGUUCCGGAAUUAGCCGUUACAGCCGAAAGUGAUAAUGCUCCAGAAUCAGCAGCUGUAGCCGCAAGCGAUGAUGUCUCAGAAGUAGCAGUCGCCCCAAUAGAAGAGCCAAAGGUGGAAACAUCUGUCGUAAAGAGGGAUAUCGUUACCGAGGAAGGAAAGGGAGAACUAGCAGACGCUGAAGCAGAAACUGAACAAUCAUCAGAAGAUGAGCACGGCGGGGAAACGUCUACUCCUGAAACCUCAGAAGCAGAAUCUGAUGGGGACAAUACACCGAUUGACCCAAGCAAAGCUCCAAAAGUCCCAUUUCAGGACCGUCCGCAAAAGGAAAGAACCGGCUUUUUUGCCCUAUGGAAAAGUCCUACUUCUUCUUCUGCUAAGAAGGGUACUGCUACGGCUCCUUUGAAUCCAGUGGCCACUCCAGAAAACCCUGAAUUAAUUGUAAAGACGAAAGAACAUGGCUAUUUAUCAAAGGCUGUUUAUGAUAAAAUUAAUUAUGAUGAAAAGGUCCACCAAGCAUGGCUGGUUGAUUUAAGAGCCAAGGAAAAGGCCAAAUAUGAUGCCAAAAAUAAUGAAUACAAGGAAAAAUUACAAGAUUUACAAAACCAAAUUGACGAAAUCGAAAAUUCAAUGAAACAAUUGAGAGAAGAAACCUCUAAAAAGAUUGAAGUCAACAAAAACAGAUUGGUUAAACAAAUCAUUGACAUUAACACCGAGCAUAACAAUAAAAAACUAAUGAUAUUUAAAGAUACGGAAAAUAUGAAAACACAAAAAAUAGAAGAAAAGAAUGAAGUUUUAAGCAAGCAAACCAAUGUCAAAUCUGAAAUCGAUGAGUUAAAUAGUGAAAAAAUUAACGUUCAAAAGGAGUUCAAUGAUUGGACUACAAAUCUGAGUAAUUUAUCUCAACAACUGGAUGCUCAAAUUUUCAAGAUCAAUCAAAUUAAUUUGAAGCAAAGCAAAGCUCAAAACGAAAUCGAUAAUUUGGAGAAGGAAAAGAACGAUUUAAUUACUCAAACUGAGGAAAAUAAAAAGUUGCAUGAAAAGAAUCAAGAAGUCUUGGAAAGUGUGGAAAACAAGGAAUACUUACCACAAAUCAAUGAUAUCGACGCUCAAAUUUCCACCCUAUUGAACCAAAUGACCAUAAUUAGGCAGGAAAACGCCAAUGAAAGGACUCAUUUAUCGGCAAUCACCAAAAAACUUGAAGAUGAACGCCGUGCUCAUGAAGAACAAUUGAAGUUAGAGGCUGAAGAAAGAAAACGUAAAGAAGAGAACCUGUUGGAAAAGCAACGUCAAGAGUUAGAAGAACAGGCUCACCAGGCUCAACUAGAACAUGAAGAGCAGAUCACGCAGGUCAAAAAAACCUACAAUGAUCAAUUAACCGAGUUACAAGACAAAUUAGCAGCUGAAGAAGAAGAAUUGGAAGCAGUUAAAAGAGAAAGAACAAGGCUGCAAGGCGAAAAAGCCAUCGAAGAACAAACCCGUCAAAAAAAUGCUGAUGACGCUCUGAAACAAACGAUUUUGGAUAAGCAACACAAACAAGCUGAAGGCUUACAUGCGGCCGAAAAUCAUGUUAAAACACCAUCCAAUCACUUACAAGAGAGCAAGCACGCCAUUCCAAAGAAUGACUCGAUGUAUGAAUAUCAUACUGAAGAAGAUGUUAUGUAUGCCUGA